CGUGUUGGACUAAACCCUUCUCCGUGUGAGCGUUAACCAUCAAUUUACAUAGGGGCAUUUUGGGCAAUCGGGUUAGUUUAAAACUUUUAAGCAUUACUUAUCCUCUUUUAGGAAGCAAAAGUAGCAAACUAGACCACUCAUAACAAAACUACCUCAAAUUGGUAGCAGUCCAAGUCUAGCAACAUAAGGAGGGAGGGGAUCCUCUCGAUUUCCUAAAAGAAAUGGAGGGGCAAAAUGGAAAACAUAAAAAAUUCUCCGUCCUUGUUUUGGUUCUACUCUUGCCAUUAAUAAGUUUUGUUUCAGUGGUGGUUGUUAAGCCAAGUACAGGAAAAAAUCUUCAAGUACGGAAAGGCUCGACCUUCAAGAUUACAAUCUUUGCAGACUUGCAUUUUGGUGAAGACACGUGGACUAGCUGGGGCCCUCUUCAAGAUAUCCACUCUACCAAAGUUAUGUCUUUUAUCCUUGAUCAAGAGAAACCAGACUUUGUGAUAUAUCUAGGAGAUGUUCUCACAGCUGAUAACAUACCGAUUGCAAAUGCAAGUCUGUAUUGGGACCAGGCGCUCUCACCAACAAAAGAUAGGUGCAUUCCUUGGGCAGCUGUUUUCGGAAACCAUGAUGAUGCCCAUUUUAUAUGGCCAACAGAAUGGUUUUCAGAUAGUGGGAUUCCCCCUCUCAAGUGUUCAUCACUAAUUUCAUCAUCUUCAGGGGAGGAUAAUUGCAUCUUCAUGGGCACAACCCGUUUGCAAUUGAUGAAUCAUGACAUCGGGAGCAGUGCAUUAUCAUUCUCUCAAAAGGGUCCUAAUAAUCUAUGGCCUAGUGUAUCCAAUUACGUCCUCAAAAUCUCAUCGUCAGAUGAUUCAGAAUCACCAGUAGCCUACCUAUACUUCCUAGAUUCUGGAGGAGGGACUUAUCCGGAAGUAAUAUCAACUGUACAAGCAAAAUGGUUUAACAGCACAGCUCAGGAAAUCAACCCUGAUUCGAGGGUGCCAGAAAUAAUCUUCUGGCACAUUCCUAGCAGAGCUUAUAAAACUGUGGCACCUUCUGGUGUGAUUAAUAAGCCUUGUGUAGGAUCGAUAAACAAAGAGAGUGUUGCUCCUCAAGAAGCUGAACACGGGAUCAUGAAGGCCUUAGAAGCUCGACCUUCAGUUCAGGCUGUUUUCGUAGGGCAUAACCAUGGACUAGACUGGUGUUGUCCUUACAAAAAGUUUUGGCUUUGCUUCACACGCCAUUCUGGUUAUGGUGGUUAUGGAAAUUGGACUAGAGGAGCUAGAGUACUCGAGAUCAACGAGCAGCCAUUCUCUCUCAAGUCGUGGAUUACGAUGGAGGAUGGUUCUCUACAUAGUCAUGUUUUCUUGAGCUCUUGAUACCAUUUAAUUAAGGCUCUCUUUGGCAACACUAACUGAAAUGAAGCUGAAACUCAUAAGUUAACUGAAAUUGAUAAGGUAGUAACUGAAACUGAUAAGGUAGCUGAUUAGAUAAACUGUUUGGUAAAUCUGAUUGGUUAAGUUAUUGAAUUUUUAGCUUAUUUUUCAUAUACUCAUAUAUCAACAUUAUAUAUUUUUAUUCUUCUAAUGAAUUAAUUAAUAAAUACGGAGUACAUGGUA